CCGAUCAAAAUAAGUAACAAUGUUUGGGCUUGUUUUUUUCAUUUUGUUCACCCCUGGAGUCAGUGGAUUUUUUUGUACGUCGUCAGAUCUAGAAAUGUCAUAUACUUUUUGUGAUUCUACAGCUCAUGAUUUCAUGUUUAAUGUAACACCUUGCACCAUGCUGAACGCAUCCAUCUGGCAUGCUGCUCUUACCUGGGUUCCAAAAAGUGACAUCGCCUUUUUGAAGGUAGUCUUCACUGUCUGGUAUGAUGGUGCUAAAGCGUUACACUGGAAAGAAAUUGUUUGCAGUGGGGCCGACGAUGAGUACUAUGUGUGUGAAACGCUGAAAGGAGAAACAAUUACAACAACAUUUGACAUUAAAGGAAAAAGAACAAGAUUUCCAAAGGGAGAUUAUAGUAUUAUUAUAGAAGCAUUCUCUGAUGAUUCUGAGAAGAAUAUGGUCGUGUGCUUGAAUUACACCAUGAUAGUGAAACAAGAUCCUUUCUGA